AUGAAUGAAUACAAAUUUUUGCAAGGUCCGAUACAUAAUGUACGACAAGUUUUGGAAGCAAAUCCGGACUCGAAUCCAAUGUUAUUCACCGAAAUGCUGGAACUUGCUAGUUUACAUGAUGAACUUGGAAACCAUUGGAGACAAAUUUCAAGGUGGAUAAGGUAUGAGCAAACUGUUGAAGGUGAUGGAACACGAUUUUCGAAACCACAUAUCACGUUGCUGUCAAUGGUUAGUCUUAUUCAACUAAAAAACUGUCUUCGAAAAGGUGUCAUCAUUCUUGAUGCUCGACUGAAUUCAUUUGCUGACGUUGCCGAUACAAUGUGUGCGGCAUGGGUUGAACGAGGCUUCCUGAACGAUGAAACAGCAUUUGCCGUCAAGGAGGUGUUAAACUCCUCCAAGUUGCAUUUGAUCGAUGGUCGGAUGAGACGGGCUGACGAAAGGCGACGAGAUGAUAAAGUUGAUCUAAGGCAAGACGCUAACGACAGAAAAGAUAAAGAUAGGGAAGAUCUCGAAGUAAGUAUUUUGUGA